GUGUAAGGAUCUAUGAUGCCUUGUCCUUUUAAUCCCUAAUACUCAAAGACGUCUCACAUACAUUGGAUAAGAAUGUGGAUAAUUUACAUGAUAGGAGUGUUUAUAUUGGAUCCGCCCAAUGUUGCUUGUGAUGAAGAGCCCGAAGGUCAAAGUUUGUUACAGGAAAUCUUAAACGAUUUACGGAACGAACAAAAUGUGGAUUCUUCAAGUACUUCUACCACACAAGAUCCGCCACAGACUCCAUCAACAACGAGAACUUCGAACGCUACUUUCACUUUCAAUACACCCAGCUCAACUUCACCGUCCCAAAUAUUCCACAAUUUGACCGUCUCCAUGACAACACAAAGAACAGGAGGAAAUGAUUCAAAUGAUGACGCCAUACAGUCCUUGAUAUCCUUUCUAAAUAACUCAGAUAGAUCUCAAACCAAUGAUACUGGCGCUUCAUUACAAGGUCAAAUUCAAGAUAUUUUUUCUAAGACCCCCGGCAACAGCACACCAAACAUCAAUACCUUAUCAACCACAACACUCAAAUCAACAGACGUUACUCAGAAUUGUGCAGCAAGAGACAUUUUACAGUCUCUUUGUACUGACGACCUGCCAAGUUUGGUGAAAAUUGCCAACAUCUGGGACGUUUAUUACGUUUUAUUUUCUGAUGACGUGAUGAACGAGCUAUUGCUAAACUGUGCAAGUGGUGAAUGGUGUAUUCGCGAUGAAUUUGAUAUAUUUCGUGCAAAGAUGGCGGAGAAAGCCGAUAUGGUUAUGAAUUCAGCCAUGUUUUCCGAGGCUUGCGGUCAAGUCUCCUUGGAAUGUCUACAAAGUGCCGUCCAACACCUUGAGUCAUGCUCCUUUGGACCGAGACUGAGCUUUAUGCUUGAGAGUGUAAGAUUGAUGUGCUCUGUAAGGGACGUGACGUCAUCAUCGGAUAUACAGUGUACGUCACAAAUUCUUGCUGCUUUACACGUCACAUUAAUGGAUAUUUUGAGAAAAGAAAACAAUAAACAGGAUUUGAAUACUGCUUUUGAAAAUGAUAAAUGUCGAACAACAGAAGCGUUGAUGACGAGAACUUACCUGUGUACCUGUAGUAAAUGUAUUGAUACUGUAAAUGGGAUGCUAUCAAGCUUUAGACCAUGGUUAUGGUUUAUUGAUGACGUAGAUACAUUAAAGGUCACGUGUCAUUACGAGAAUAAUACUUGUGUAUCACGUGACAUGGUUUUCAUGAUUGAUGAUGAACCACUCCCAAUCCCCACACCUCCCACGGCACAGACUGACACUUACGAGUCCCAGGGGAGUGGUUUUGUUGACAUACGGUCGGCACCUGUGGCUUUGGCAGGAUUCGGAACAGGUGCGUUUGUAAUGGUGGUAGGCCUUAUUGUGUUUGUCAUCGUUUUCAUCAAACGUCAUCGCGUGACGUCACGGAAGCACGAGUACAAACCCCUCGAGACAAAUGAACCAUAAAUAAUUCAAUUUGGGAUUUUUGUCCGAGCUUUACGUUGCUAAGAGAACACAUUAAUCUUAUUAUAUGAAACGAAAAAAGUGAUAUAUUUAAUUUUCAAUAAAUCAGUGAUGCAUUUUGUA